AGAUGGCGGAUUUUCUAAAAAAUUUUAAAUCGCAAAUUUUCAUCAAUUUGAGUUAUUUAAGUCGAAUAAUGAUUGGAUUUAGACUUGGAGAAAGGAAAUUGAAAUAACCAAAUAACCUACACACUGGGACAGCACCUGCAACACCUUAAAAUUGCACUAUGUCUCGACAAGUUAUUCCCCCUACCCGCUCUCCUGUAUCUUCACCCCAACAGACUAUUAACCUACUGCAGAAACGCCUUUAUUCUGCUGAGGAAGAUGCCAUGCAUUUAGUGGGGACACUACAACAAAUGGGGUUCAGGACUAAUCAGUCUGCAGUACAAGGGGAUGGCCAAGAAGUGCUAUCACCAUAUCAACCAAGGAUAGUUGAAAAUGAAGUCUUAAAGAAAAAUUAUGAGUCGCUGGUUUCAAGAGUUUGCAGGACAGAAAGUGUGAUACAAACUUUAAAAAUGAAUCUAGCUGCAGUUCAGGCAGAGCGGGAUCUAGGUCAAAGAAAGAAUUAUGAAGCUAGUGAAAAAUUGGCUUUAGCAUCUGAUGCAUAUCAGACAGAAAUUCAGAAUUUGACACGUGAACUUGUAAAAUCUCGGAAGGAAUGUAAAGAAGCACAAGAAGUCAGGAAUAAAUGCCAGGAUGAUGUUAGACGAUUAAAAGAGGCAUUGGAAAUAUCAUCAACAGCCAAGGUUGAAUAUUCUGCAGCUGCUGAGGACUUGAAAUAUGGCAAAAAUAAACUUGUUCGUAGAGUAGCUGAAUUAAAGGAGGAGUUAUCAAGAGAAAUGGGUCUACGUGCAAGUCUAGAGGAAUCACAUAAUACAUUAAUGACCAGAGUACAUGAAAUGGAAGACAUUGUUGAAGCAGAAAGAAAUGAGGUAAAGAGUCUCUCGUCUGACUGCACUGCACUCCGACGUGAAGCUGCCAAGUGGCAAGAUGCAGAACAGAAGCAACAGGUUCUCAGGGCACAACAAGAGGAACAACUCACUGCUUUUUUCAAUGAAAAUGCAAAGCAGAAAAAAAUAAUUGAAGAAAUGGAGGAAGACAAGAAAUGUGUCAAAACUGAGUUUGGCAAGAUGAAAGUUCAGUAUAAAGGACUUAAUGCCCAACUUGAACAGAUGAAGAAAUUCACAGAGGAGAAACAUAGCACCCAAGGGCAACUUGAACAUGAGAACAAGCAGCUACAUGAGGCCCUGAGGACUGCAGCUGAGGAGAAUGCUAAACUCAUUGCCAACUAUGAGACACAACUUGUGGCUGCAAAGGAGAAAGUCACAACAAGUAACCAACAGCAGGAGACAGUUGAGAUACUAAAACAGGAACUUAUAAGAGAAAGCAAGGAAAAGGCACAUUUCCAGCAACUAUGUGAAAAACUUCAAGGGGAGUUGAACGAGAUCAAUGGAGAACAUGUGUCUGUAGAACGAGAAAGCAAAGAGACAAUAGAUGAAUUAAACCAUGAAAUACAUGACCUAAAACAAAAACUUAAGUUUUUGGAGGAAGAGAAACAACAAGCAUUUAAAGAGAAAGAAACACUUUUGGAUGAAAUCAACCAAGCUGUGGAUAGUAUGACUGAGGAAAGAGCCAAGUUACAGGCUGAGACUGAAGUUAAGCAGCUUGAACUAGAUACAUUACAGGAAGCAAAAUUUCAACUUGAGGAAGAGAAUGCUAGAUUGCUAGAGAGAAUGGGACAAGUGGAACAAACACAGAACUCACAACAGCAGAUUGAGAAGACAAUGUCAGAUAUCCUAGAACAGAAGAAUAAGCUGGCUUAUGAUAAAGGAAAGCUCCAGUCCAGAGUGGAGCAGCUGGAGUCCCAGCUCCAGUCUCUUGCAACCACCCACACUAACUCUGUUCAGCAGAGAAACACAUUCAACACUUUGCAGGGAAAGUACACAAAGAGUCAAAGUGAUUAUAAUGCAGCCAAUAUUAAAAUACAACGUUUGGAAAGUCAGCUGAAACAACUAAGUGCAAUUGGUGAACGUAAGGAACAGGACUUUAGCAUGGCCCUACAGUCCCGAGAUGAAGCCAUCCGUGAAGUAAACAAAUUGCGAGAUGUUGUCGAGUCAACAGAUGGACGAGAAAAGCAAAAGAUAGUCAAUUUGGAGCGCAACCUCUUGGAAUCCAAAGAAGACAGUAGAAAGUUAGCUUCAUCCCUCGAUGGAAUCAUCCAAUCCCACAACCAGCUUCAGCAAGCCAUGGAAACACUACAAACAGAUCUGGGGAAAAAAGAUUCCCAAAUUGCUCAAUUAAAGAAUGAAAAAAACCUAAGCCAGAAUUCUUUACGUCAGAUGCAGACAGAAAUUGACACUCUCCAGGACCGUUUGGUUUCCAUGGAAACUUUAGAGACAACAGAGAUAACUCCUCUUAGGGAAGCUUUAGAGACAUGCAAAUCUGAUAAUAUAAAGAUGGCCAACUCUUUAGAUGGUGUGAUGCAUUCUAACAGGCAACUACAGGUCAAACUUCACAAACUUGAAGAUGAAUUAGCAAAGAAAACUUAUCAAUUGGAAGAUACAAUAAGUGCAAGAAAAAAUGAACAAGACACAAUGAAACAGGAGAUUUGUAGUUAUGAAGAAAGGAUGACUGCCUUAAAACAACAACUAAAUAAAGACAGAGAUAAAUCACUCAAGAAAACUAACAAAGAAGUUGUUGAGGUGAAGAGGCAGCUAGAUGAACUGUGUAGUAAAAAUGGGGAUCUCUCUCGCGCUAAUACUGAGUUACGCCAUAAAAUUACAGAGUUAGAAUACCUCAUUCGCAAUGAUAAGGAGAGAAUAAACAAACAGAAGGCACAAUUAGAACAUUUAAACAAAGUUAGGAAACAGCAAGAAGAUUCUCUCAAAACAUAUAAGAGCUUGAGCAAUGAGAUUGAUGAGCUAGAGAGAGCAAAGCAAGAAUAUAUCAAAAAGAAUGAAGACCAGGUAGGCCACAUUUCAAUUUUCAGAAUAUAUCAAGAAGAAUGAAGAUCAGGUAGGCCACA